AUGACUGUGCUGAAUUUUGUUCCUCUUUCACCAAAACGAAGUUUUAUUCCAUCGAACACUGAGCAAAAAGUAACUAUGUUUGGACUUUUUUUUUUUAUUUUAUUCGCCCCUGGAGUCAGUGAAUUUCUUUGUACGUCAUCAGACCUAGAAAUGUCAUAUACUUUUUGUGAUUCUACAGCUCAUGCUUUCAUGUUUAAUCUGACACCUUGCAGCAUCAUGAACAAAUCCGCCUGGAAGGCUGCUCUUACCUGGAUUCCAAGAAGUGACAUCACCUUUUUGAAGAUUGUCUUCAAUGUCUGGUAUGAUGGUGCCAAAGCAUUACACUGGAAAGAAGUCCUUUGCAGCGGAGCCGACGAUGAAUACUCAGUGUGCGGAAUGCUGAAAGGAGAAACAAUUGCAACAGCAUUUGACAUUAAAGGUGCAAGAACAAAGUUUCCAAAGGGCAAUUAUAACAUUAUUUUACAAGGAUUCUCUGACGAUUCUGAGAAUAAUAUGGUCAUCUGCUUGAAUUUCACCAUGAUAGUAAAACAAGACCCUUUCUGAAUGCGACAAACGUUUCAAAUAAUUUCAGAACAUGGACAUCCCUCUUGCAAGCAACUGGAAUCCGAGCUGUGAAAUAAU